AUGGAGGGACUUUUGACAGAAAUCAAAACUGCGAGGCAUGAUACAGACUCCUUUGUUUCCCCUGCUGCCGAAGGCCAGCGUGAUGAAGCUGCAAAACACGACCUAGAUCUCAACAACCUAUCAUCACGUCACGUUAUAGAUCUACUCAAGUCGAACCCCGAUCGUGAACAGUUGUCUGCCAUUUUAACAUUUAUCGAUCCUUUCAGCAAAUCCAAUGCUACAAGGGAUUUUGAUCUCCGACUUGCAAGUCCCAUCACAGCUCAAAUUCUCCAUUUGUUAGUCAGCAUCACGAUCCCAACGCAUUGGAGAUUGUUGGACACCAAAGAGAGCAAAGGAAAAGAUGCCAAAUCCCGAGGAGCAUUAUUGAGAUGUCUUAGCAGUGUCGCUGGGCUUGGCUCCCUGGUGGCUCAAUUGCGGACUCUAAUCAGUGCCGCACGCGCUUCCUCCCAGCAAGCCCAAGGCUCAAGCAGCCAGUUCGGUAUCCGGGAUGUUUUAGCCGUGCUUGCUGCUUUGAUAGAGCCGAACGAUUUCAUAUUUCGUCUUUCCUCCGACAUAUUGAAGAUAUAUGACAACAAGACUCGACAGCAAGUUGCGUGGAGAGAACUUGUGUCGCUUGUUGCCGCCGGCAAGAUUCUAUCGACAACAGCCGAAGCUAUUACUGUUCUCGAUGAACCGCCGAUAUCUUCAAUAUCCUGGAUCGGAAAUGGCUCUCAGUACGCGGUAUGGAUUGGUCGCAAUGUCUCUCACAUGGCAGUUAAGAUCAACCCGCAUGACGAAAGCAACUGGACGUCACUUGCUCUCUUAACAGGACGAGCUUUGAGUCUUGGCUAUACUGAUCAGUUGGUCAAAGAGAUAUAUUCAAGUCUACUCCUUCGGCAGACCGUAAACGAGCCUUUCGCGUUGCUCUUAAGCCAACUCCGACAGACAGAACAAGUUUCGUUGGUUGAAGCAAUCUUCCGUGAUGUACAGCGCAAGUACUUUUCGGACGAUCUAUCCGGGUCAGUGGGUCAACCAAUUACUUCAUCGGAGACGAUCAGAGGGGUGGCAGCUUUGUGCUCCGCCGUUAUUUCUUGUCGGCCCAAUCUGGAGGGGUUAAUAGUGGAAUGGCUCUCAAAAUCCCAAGGUGGCUCGAUAACCACAUUGGGACUCCGUCGUGCACUGCUAGCCACUUAUAGUAACCGCGGUGAUGUGUUGAAAUCAAUCCUUCACCGCAGCCUGGAGCAAUUCGGAGAUAAUUUCUCUAUCAAACAUGUGCCGAAUGUCGUUCAGAAUGCAACUGCACAAGUUAUUCUCCUUUCGGCCGGUCAACUUUAUCGGCUAGAUAAAACGCAGGUGCAAGAAGCGGGCCGAUCAAGCGCGUUUUUGAAUGCAGUUUCCAAUCGACUGGCUGCGUCCUCGAACAGAGCACGCUUCCUUGGCAUGAUUGUUGGGACUGGAAUUUCUGGACUCAUUGAGACACCAGACAAAGCGCUCAAAUUCGAUCUUGAGGAAAUGCGAAGCGAGGAGGCCCAUUGGUACCUCAAUUUAACCGAAGUCCAAGACGAUAUCGGCUCGUCUGAAACAAUAAAAUCAUUGCAGGAUACACAGCCGGCAAGGCCAGAACCAAGCCGCUCCAGGCCUCCAACGAAGGCGAAACCGCAGUCCCAACAUCAGGGAACAAGCAAGAUUGUUGCAAUCGAGGAAAUCGAGGAUACUGAUGAAGAGGAAGAAGAAGAUGACGAUCUCAUCCCGUACGAGAAGCCAGACGACGAUGCAUAUGACUCUGAUGAAGACCCCACGUUGAUUCAGCGAAACAAGCCAAUAGCGCCUGUAUAUAUCCGAGAUCUGAUCCCAGGUCUUAGAGACACGGAGAAUGUCGAACGGCAUCACCUUGCCAUAACCACGGCCCCGUCCCUAAUUCGACGUAAGAUCGGAUUUGGAACUGAGCUUGCUGAACAGAUUGAGGAACUGGCUUUGACCCUCGUGGGUCUUCAGAAUGACAACAACCAUCCGACAUUCCAUGAAUCUCGCCUACAGAGCAUGAUUGCCUUGAUAGUGUCACAGCCGUUCAAAAUGGGCCGCUGGUUCACUGCCAUCUAUUUCGAUGGAGACAUAUCCCAAGUCCAAAGAUCUGCCGUACUCACAGCGCUGGGUCUGAGUGCCCGCGAGUUGGCCGGUAACGGAGAAGACGAUGCCAAAGCACUGCGUCUACCAACCACCGGCGAUACCUCAUUCCCGUCCAAGCGUCUCUCACCUGCCCUGGAAGCCAUGUAUUCCCAGUCGAACGAAUCUCCUAUCGCAACGCUCACACGUGAAAUGUCCCGCACAUCCUUGCAGCCACUCGCGGCGAACGCAGCAGAUGCGAUGACAGGUCCGAAUGCUCUCAAAGUGCGCACUUUCUCCUCGCGCAUGGAAGUUGAAAAGAAACGCCAGCAGCGUGACACCCAGCGCCAAAAUGCUACCGUUAAAGAUCUACAUAAGGUGCUCGCGGAGGGCUUCUUCUUCCCAUUGCAAGGCCGAUUUCAAAUAAUGAUGCUGCAGUUCUCAUCAUCUGCCAGUUCCUCUUACAAUCCUUUCUUCAUUCCCCAUCUUCUCACCCUUUUUCUCCAAACCCUGUCUCUCAUCCUCUCCACAACAGGUCCACACACCCCAUUCCUCCCCGGCCUCACUCACGAAACAAUGUCCCUUCUCCUUUCACUCCACACGGCCUCGGCAUCCAACGAGCCAACAGUCACUGCCGCACUGCUAUCGCUCUUCCUUGCGGUAGUAGAUCUCAACAUUGCGUCGGGUUCGAAUGGCGAGGAGCGUCUUGUUACCGAGUAUGCGACGCAGGUAAUCGAGUUGCGCGAAUGGGCUUCCCAGAUCUUUGACCGGACGCCGCCCUCUGCUGCGCGGGCUGAUCCCAGCUCGGCCGUUACUGAUCCACAGGAGCAGAUACGUACGCUUGCUGCUGGUGUCAUGGUGCGGCUUGGUGAGAUCAUGGAGCGGUACCAAGGUCGACUAAUGGGUCUGCAUUCUGGAUUUAGUUAUUAG